AUGUGGUACAUACCGGAGAAAGGUUCCAAAAAUGUCCACUUUGCACGUUUGGCCGUACUGGGGCAGCUUGCAUUGCUAGCGUUGUUUGGCUGUGAAACACUUGGUUUCGAUUCAACUGGUCCAAUCGCGAUUCUAGUCGGUGCUUUCGUUGCGGCGACACAGUGGAAAAAAGAAUACAGUAGCGAUGUGGAACAGGAGGUAACACUGGAUGAAGAGAAAGCAAUGGCCUUGAUGUGGACAUUCUUCUUUCAGCCGUUGCUUUUCACACUGAUUGGCUUUGAACUUGAUUUCGGCAAUGUUUGUCUUUUGAGUACAUUUACUUUCUUUACAUUGGCUCAGUUUUGUCAAUUUUGA